UGUAGCUUACAGAGGGGACAGUUCAGUUGUGCACAAAGGACACAAUCUACAGCUAUCUCAACUGACACACUCAGUCCGCCAUUGCUGUUUUUGUGUGAAGAAUAGGCUAUCAAAUAUGGCAGAAAACGGAACAGAAACUGAAGCGGUCCCUGACCUAGUUGGCGAUCAUGAGCAAGACUACAGUUACGAUGGCGAAGAAGGGCAGCAGGAGGACGAAGGUCUAGGGGGAGAAGGUGAAGCCGAUGUUACAACAGAGAGCACAGAAGAUGCAGGGGUGGAUGAUCCUGAGCUUGAAGCAAUCAAAGAACGAGUUAGAGAGAUGGAAGCAGAAGCAGAAAAGCUCAAGCAAAUGCAAAAUGAAGUGGAAAAAACAAUGAAUAUGUCUCCAGGAAUAACUAGUCCUGUCCAUCCAUCAAUGGAAGAAAAAAUUGAUGCAGAUUCAAGGUCUUGUUACAUUGGAAAUGUUGACUAUAGUACAACAGCAGAAGAGUUGGAGCAACAUUUCCAUGGCUGCGGUUCUGUUAACAGGGUUACAAUACUUUGCGAUAAGUUCUCUGGACAUCCAAAAGGCUUUGCCUACAUAGAAUUUGCUGACAAAGACUCCGUACAGACAGCAAUGGCUUUAGAUGAAUCUCUCUUUCGGGGAAGACAAAUAAAGGUAAUGCCCAAGCGCACAAAUAAACCUGGUAUCAGUACAACCAAUCGUGGUGGAGGUAGAGGGCGCUUCAGGAGAGGUGGCUUCCGGGGUGGCUAUGGGGGCUACAUGCCAAGACGAGGCAGGUUUAGGCCAAGGAGAGCUGCGUGGUAUUCACCUUACUAGUCAAGUUUAGAAUAUGGCAUCAAGUGGUCCACAAAACCUGCUGGAAAAGAGAGAGAGAUGGGGUGGGGGUGGGUGGAGGGAAAAAAAGGAAUUUUAGAUCAUAAGCACCAAGUUGAAUUUUGCAGAGAAAAAAA